CAUUGAAAUAUUUCGAGCUUCCGUGGGCUAGUGAUCUAGGCAUUGGUAUCGUUUAUUCGCAGACUCCUACGUCAAUUCUUCAGAAGUCUACUUAGAAAGAUGGCGCGUGCUCCGACUGUAAAAUUAAAUAGUGGUUUUGAGAUGCCGGUUCUUGGUUUGGGGACAUUUUCGUUGAACCCUACAAGUUUCCUGGAGCCUGUGAAGUAUGCUAUAGAUCGAGGCUAUCGUCACAUCGACACAGGACUAACUUAUGGUAGUGAGAAAGAUAUAGGAGUUGCUCUGAAGGAGAAGAUUGCCGAAGGAGUUAUUAAGCGUGAAGACAUGUUCAUUACGACAAAGCUUUGGUGUAUCCAUCAUGAACCAGAUAAGGUUGAGCAUGGUUGCCGAUUGGCUUUGAAAAACUUGGGAUUAGAAUACAUUGAUUUGUAUUUGAUGCAUUUUCCUGUUGGAUUCAUCCUUGUUGAUGAUGAGACCUACCAACCGAAGAAACCAGGAUCAGAUGUUGUUACAACGAAUGACGUUGAUUAUGUAGAUACAUGGAAGGCUAUGGAAAAGCUUGUGGAAAAGGGUUUGGUACGUAGCAUUGGGUUGUCCAAUUUCAAUGCUGAACAAACGGAGCGAGUAUUGAAAAUUUGUAAAAUUAGACCUGUUGUGAAUGAAGUUGAAUGCAACGUUGAGAUCAACCAAAGCAAACUCUUGAAGUUCUGCAAGGAUCGCGACAUAAUCCUUAUGGAUUAUUGUCCCGUCGUUCGUGCUAAUCCAGCCAAAAAAACACCUGCAUGUUUAUAUAACGACCGAACUCAAGCUAUUGCUGACAAAUAUAAGAAAACCCCAGUUCAAAUUGCUUUGAAAUAUUUGGUUCAGCGUGGAACUGUCCCAGUUCCAGGAGCACUAGAGAAACCCAUGAUUGACGAGAAUAUCGAUAUCUUCGACUUCAAAUUAACAGCAGAUGAAAUGAAAUAUUUAGAUAGCCUUAAUACGGGCAAAAGGAUUUGCGAAUUUGAAUUUGUUGAUAAGAACCAUAAGUAUUAUCCUUUCAAUGCUGAAUUUUGAAUAUGUUGAUUUUUUUUUGCAUAAUAAAUAUAUAAUAUGAAGGA